AUGCGAUCAGAUGAGACACGGUUCCUGACACACAAGGGGCUCAAGAAGCACGUGCGUGCCAAAUGGAAGCUAUUCAUUCCAUCUAUAAUCUGCUUUAUCUUUGUAACUGCUGAGGUUACGGACCCUUUCGUCCUUUACAGCUGCCACGCAGCUCGGGGCCGCCUCUCAGUCGACUUGAAAAAACCCAGAAGGUUUCCUUUCCUGAUCUCGGGUUGCGACGCGGCAGGGGAUCUGGGGAAAGCGGUCUUUGCUCCUGGCUGCAUCUGGGCCCUGCUGCUCAGCCGCAUGCGGCGCGUUGCCUUGGUCCUCACCGUGCGGGUGACGACUGGAGGGCCGGUGUAUUUGGCCUGCGAGCUCCUGCUCCGCCCAGACUUCCAGAUCCGGGCAGCUGCUAUGCUCAUCACAUCUGGUGGCGGAGUACUAGUCGACCUCAUCUUGACUUUGCACCGGAGAAGACAUGGCCACAAUCACAGAACCAAAACUCGUGGGCACCUUUCUGGGCAAAAGCCUGCCCAAAGCAACGCCAAUGUGAGAAUAGUUUUUGCCCACGCCACUGGAGAUCUUUUUCAGAGUGCGAGUGUGCUAGUUAGCGCACUUAUAAUACUCUUCAAGCCAGACUACGAAAUAGCCGACCCCAUCUGCACAUUUGUUUUUUCCAUCCUCGCUUUGGCGACCACCACCGCUACCUUAAGGGAUAUCUUGCUCUUGCUAAUGGAAGGUAGGAAUGUGAUCCAGAACUUGAUUUUCCUAGAGGAAAUGUUGGCUGGAGAGCAAACGCUGGAGUUACCAAGAGAUGCCAUGGUUGGAAUUCUCUUCAUCAACAGUUCUUCAGAGUCUUUGCAGAAUAUUCACCAGAUGCAUCUCCCUUCCUCACCGGGCGCCUCGGUGGGACUGGAUUACAACGCCGGGAGGGAAAGCAUUUUAGCCGUGCAAGGGAUGGGGGCUGUUCAGAGCCUGCGCCUUUGGUCUCUGACGAUGAAUCAAGUGAUUCUCUCAGCUCAGGCCGCCGCAGCGGACACCCCGGACAGUCAACUGAUUCUGAAAGGGAUUCCUGAAGCGCCAAGCAUCAGGUUUGCCUGUCACUCCAUCACUAUCCACUUGGAAUCUAAAGCCAACCAGAAGUCAGACUGCAUCUUCUGUCAAGAUCCAGAGGAUUAA